GAACGUGAGGCCGGAGGGCGCCUCUGGGAUAUCGGGUCGGUGAUGGACACGGCAGGGUUACCGAAGGGGGUCACAGCUGUUGGAUUGCGAGCUCGGCGGAAACUUCUUACAGGGGAAGAAGAGGAACUAUUUGAACUUGCGCAGGCUGCGGGGAGCGGCAUUGACCCGGAAGUGUUUAGGAUUCUGCUGGAUCUUCUACGCAUGAAUGUGGCACCUUUGGCUGUCUUCCAGAUGUUGCGUUCUAUGUGUGCUGGGCAGAGAUUAGUUAGUACUGAGGCUCCUCCUGAUACAGUACGAGGGAGAGCCAGAACCAUUUCUACAACAGCUGGGAACCAACCUGUGUCAGAUCAUAGCAACCGAGAAGGAUCUGGUCAACGAGUACCACGGCAGCCAAGUGCCAGCAGGCUGCAGAAGACUGGGUGUCCUGUGAAAAAUACAUAGAUACUUAGAAAAUGGCUAAAAAGUUAUUCUGAUGUUACAAAAUGUCAAACACUGCUCAUUCCAGGAAAGCCAAUGACUAGAAUGCUAUGUAAAGUUCUAACUAUUAAAGAAUAUAAUGAACCUGU